AUGUCCCAGCACCGCAUAAAGAAGGGCGCGGACACGAAAGACAAAGCAGCCUUCUUUGUAGCCAGAACUCCGCACCCCAAGCAGGCCGAGCUACAGGCCCAAGAUGGCGCUAAGGCUGAUCACCAUGCGGACCUCACCGACGCACAAGAGGCUGACGCGAACACCCUGCUGACUCCGAACCUACUGCAAAAGAUGCUGGACGCAGCAGUCAUGAGAAUGCAGGCAUCGUUCACGACGGCCCUAGCAAAAAUCAAUAAUGAUAUUACUGACCUGGACGCACGAGCCUCCCAACUAGAGGAAAAAAAAAAAAUAUGGAAGAAACUACUACGGCCCAUGCAGCUUUUGAAGACAGACUGGAGGAUAUCGAAAAGAGGCUGUCACUGCACGAAACCAAAAUCACGGACGCAGAAGAUAGGUCCCGCCGCAACAAUAUCAGACUCAGGGGUCCCGGAGGACGUGGGAGCUCAGGACUUAACGGCCUUCACCACGGAGCUGUUCCGUGCGGUCUUACCGGACAUACCCGCUCUUACUAGACCGCAUCCACAGAAUCCCCAGGCCGCAACAUUUACCACCAACCACACCUCGAGACGUGCUCAUGCGGCUCCAUUAUUACCAUACAAAUGACCAAAUCCUCCGAGCACACAGAGCUAGAAAAAACCUGCCUGAUAAAUUCAAAUCCAUCCUCCUAUUCACGGACCUGUCGGCGGAAACACUUCGGCGAAGAAGAUCCUUCAAACCCGUUGCAGAGGCUCUCCGACACCACCGCAUCCCCUACAGAUGGGGCUAUCCAGCGAAACUCCUCAUUACCAAAGGAGGGAAACUACUCAGCCGCCUCACCGAAAGAAGGCCUGGAGCUGCUGCACAAAUGGAACAUAGCCCCAAACCUACAAGCAACAGGCCUACGCAAGACACAGGGCACCGACGGACGUCCACAGAGGCAGCGGCGAGCUACUUCAAAAGAUGACGACCACUAA